UCCCCUAUAAGAGGGUGGAGUUCCUCCAGGCUCCAGAGGCGUGGAGAGCAGGGGGGGACCAUGGACUUCAUCAGCAUUCGGCAGUUGGUGAGUGGAGAAAGAGAUGAAGGGAAAGUGUUGGGGUUUGGACAUGCAGCUCCAGAUCCUGGAGGCCUGCCUCGGGACUGGAGGCUGAGCUCCCAUGAGGCUGUGGCCCGGGAGAAGCUGAAACAGGAGGAAGAAAAGAAGAAGAGACUGGAAAAAUUCAACAGCUCCAGAAUGAACCUGGAGAAGCUGGAAGACUUAGAAAACUUGGUUCAAAGACGGAGAGAAAAGCGACUAAGACGCAGAGUCCCCCCCAGGGAGCCUGAGCCCGUGGCUGAGCCCCAGGCCCAGCCUGGACCUGUGGACCUGGAGAUGUUCCUAAAGGCAGCUGCUGAGAACCAGGAGGACCUGGUGGACAAGUACCUAACAGACGGAGCGGACCCCAGUGCCCAUGACAAGCUGCACCGCACGGCCUUGCACUGGGCCUGCCUGAAGGGUCACAGCCAGUUGGUGAGCAAGCUGCUGGCAGCUGGCGCCGCGGUGGAUGCACGUGACCUGCUGGACAGGACCCCUGUGUUCUGGGCCUGCCGGGGAGGACACCUGGACAUCCUCAAACAGCUGCUCAACCAGGGAGCCCAGGUCAACACCCGGGACAAGAUCUGGAGCACCCCCCUCCACGUGGCAGUGCGCAUGGGCCACUCUGACUGCCUCGAGCACCUUGUGGAGUGUGGCGCCCACAUCAACGCCCAGGACAAGGAGGGGGACACAGCUCUCCAUGAAGCUGUACGCCAUGGCCACUACAAGGCCAUGAAGCUGCUGCUGUUGUACGGUGCCAAGCUGGGCAUGCAGAAUACGGCCUCUCUGACCCCUGUGCAGCUGGCCCGGGACUGGCAGCGGGGCAUCCGGGAGGCGCUGCAAGCCCAUGUCCGGCACCCUCGCACCCGAUGCUAACAGCACAGGUGGCGGGGCCCUUGGCUCGGUCGUCCUCUCAGCCCCUUGGCUCCCUGUACUGCGGCAUGUGGCCCCUGACCUCAGUUCUGUUCCUCUUGGCCCGAGGCAGCCCCACAAAGGUCAGCAGGUGGAGGGCAGGUACCUGCUGUAUGGGGCACUGCUGCCCAUUUGGCCGAGGCUGGGAUGGGCUCAUGCAGGGCCACAGGUGGCAGGUGGCAAAGCCAGUCCAGGACAGAGUGGAAGAUGGGCUGGAGAGGAAGCAAGCUGGCUGGGGUGAAGAACCAGACAUCCUCAGUAUCCCCUCAGCCUCAUACUGGCUCUCAUGGAGGGGAACAUCUGGUCUCCUACAUGGUGACUCAGAUGUGGCCAGUGGCUGCAUCCCAGACACGAGACCACAGCAGGCCAGGCUGGCGCCGGCAAUGGUGUGACCACUGCUGCCUGGGUGGGUCUCCCUCCAGACCCCUCAGUGGCAACCCUGAUGGGUCUGGAGUGGCUCUGGUCCCAGGUACUCUGGUGGGUUCUGGGGUCGGUCCGCAGGGUGCUCAGCAGGCCUGAAGCCCACAGGACCGACCCCAGAACCUUCCAGGUUGCCUCAGAGGCCUAGGACCAAUGAGCUAGGGCCAGCACCCUUUUGCGGCCUGCUGCACGGUCAGAGCUGGUGGCUCUCCUCCUGGGGCAUAAGCCCAGUGCUAGGGUUGCUUGUGGCCCACUCAACUCCUGGGGCGGUGGCCCGCAACCCUUGCUUCCCUGGGCCUCUGCUGCCCUCUGGUGCUGGAGCCCUGCAGCUACCCUCCUCCACCCCCGACCCCUCCCUGGCAGCACACUGAGGAGCUCUGCACCCAGCUACAAGCAGGCCAGGAGACAACCAGACACCCUCCCACCAUGGCCCAGCCUGCAGGCUCCAUUCUACACUCCCUCCACGAUGCUUCCUUCCUUCCUUCCCGUCCACAACCCCUGGCAGGGCUGGCUCCGUAAGUGCCAGAGUGGCCCUGAAGAGCUGUCCCCCAAAGCAGCACAGGUGUGUGUGGUGGUGGUGGGGGCAUGAUGACAGAGGCCUGGCCCCCCUCAUGUGGUCCUGGGUUAGAUGCAGCACCCGAGGUGGCGUUCAUUCGGCAGCACUUAUCCUAGUGUGACCAUAGUGGCCUCCUUAGGCCACAAGAAGUCUACUGUACUAGAAAAGACCAGUGAGCACCUGCUCUGAGCCACACACCUGUCCACGGGCAGCUCUUACCGUGGCAACAGAGCCAGUAUGUGCCGUGACGUAGGUGCCAUGGACAAUACAGGCACUCCUGACUAAACGGGAUAAGUCCUCUACAAAUGAGGACAUGCAAGUGACAGACAAAAGCACCUUUUUAUACAGAUCAGUGUAUUUUGUUCAUUAAAUUGGCUGAUUAUCCAUCA